AUGCCUAGUGCCUCGUUUUCAUCUUCGCGUUCUUACGUACGUAGAUCGCGAAGAAAAGGCGGACAUAGAAUACCAUUACCAUCUAGAACACAAUCAAGUGAACCAUGUGAAUCAGUCCCGUGCCCAAACAACGUAACAGGCAGCGCGAUGGCAGCAACUGCUUGCGCGGGUCCUAGCGGUAGUGGUGGUGGAGGCUCCCCGCCCGUACCAGCAGCUGCGCCCGCUACUACAGCUGGCACCUGCUCACUGCCGGCCAGAAAAAGACCAAGAACAUCGUUGUCACAAGGCGUGGAUGUUUGCAAUGUGUCGCAAUACCUGCAAUAUGAACUUCCGGACGAAGUAUUACUUUGUAUACUGUCCCAUCUCACUGAGCGCGAUUUGUGCCGCGUCGCGCAGGUCUGCAAGCGGUUCAAUACGAUCGCUAACGACACUGAACUAUGGAAAAGUCUGUAUCAAUCGGUGUUCGAAUACGACACGCCGUUGAUGCACCCCGCGCCAUGCCAGUUCGAAUUUGUCGCGCCGGACGAGUGCGAGGCUGACAACCCGUGGAAGGAGAGCUUCCGUCAGCUGUAUUAUGGCAUCCACGUGCGACCCAACUAUCGCCCCAAGAAAGACUCUCGCAUUAAACAUUAUAACACUAUAAGGGCGGCUCUUGAAUAUGUUGAAGAGCGUGGGGGUGGAUCGUCAACCCCAGCCACUAGUGCCAGUACUGGAGCGAGCAGUACUAUUACCAGCACUAGCACAAGCAGUGCAUGCUCUUGCGGAACCUCUGCCUGCUCGUGCAGACGUGCCUCUACCUCUUCGACCGCACCAGCACCUGCUCUUGUGUUUGUCCAUGCUGGGCUCUACCAAGAGGAGUGCUUAGCCAUUGAUACUGAUGUUCAGCUUAUUGGUUGUGCUCCGGGCAAUGUGGCCGAGUCAGUUGUGUUGGAGCGCGAAGCGGAAUCGACACUGACGUUCGCUGAGGGAGCAAACCGCGCCUACGCUGGCCACAUGACAUUGAAAUUCUCACCAGAUGCAACCAGCACCAUGCAACACCACAAGCACUAUUGCUUAGAGGUCUCCGACAACUGCUCACCCACCGUUGAUCAUUGUAUUAUACGCAGUGCUAGUGUUGUUGGUGCGGCGGUGUGCGUUUCUGGUGCUGGCGCAAACCCCGUGAUCAAGCACUGCGACAUCAGCGAUUGUGAGAAUGUUGGUCUUUAUGUCACAGAUUAUGCGCAGGGUGCAUACCAAGACAACGAAAUAUCCCGGAACGCGCUGGCCGGAAUCUGGGUGAAGAACUUCGCGAAUCCCAUUAUGCGUCGUAACCACAUACACCAUGGCCGGGACGUCGGUAUAUUCACAUUUGAAAAUGGAUUGGGUUACUUUGAAGGCAACGACAUACACAACAAUCGGAUUGCCGGUUUUGAAGUGAAAGCCGGUGCCAACCCAACCGUAGUCCACUGUGAAAUCCACCACGGUCAAACCGGUGGUAUAUACGUGCACGAAUCGGGACUCGGGCAGUUUAUCGACAACAAGAUACACUCGAAUAACUUUGCUGGCGUCUGGAUUACCUCAAACAGCAAUCCCACGAUACGUCGUAACGAGAUCUACAACGGACACCAAGGUGGAGUGUAUAUAUUUGGCGAGGGGCGCGGUCUCAUCGAACACAAUAAUAUCUAUGGGAACGCUCUAGCUGGCAUUCAGAUUCGCACAAACAGUGAUCCAAUAGUAAGGCACAAUAAGAUCCAUCAUGGGCAGCACGGCGGAAUAUACGUGCACGAGAAGGGCCAAGGGCUUAUCGAGGAGAACGAGGUGUAUGCCAACACGCUCGCUGGAGUAUGGAUCACCACUGGUUCUACACCAGUGCUUAGGCGCAACCGUAUUCAUUCGGGCAAACAGGUCGGCGUGUACUUUUAUGAUAAUGGCCAUGGAAAAUUAGAAGAUAACGAUAUAUUUAAUCAUUUAUACUCCGGAGUCCAAAUACGGACAGGCAGCAACCCCGUGAUACGCGGAAACAAGAUCUGGGGUGGGCAGAACGGCGGAGUCUUAGUUUAUAAUGGCGGUCUUGGCUUAUUAGAACAAAAUGAAAUAUUCGAUAAUGCCAUGGCCGGUGUCUGGAUAAAAACAGAUUCUAAUCCCACCUUGAAGAGAAAUAAGAUUUUUGAUGGACGCGACGGAGGAAUAUGCAUUUUCAACGGAGGCAAGGGUGUGUUGGAGGAGAACGACAUAUUCCGCAACGCGCAGGCUGGCGUUCUGAUCUCUACUCAGAGUCACCCUGUGCUGCGACGUAACCGUAUCUUCGACGGACACGCAGCCGGCGUCGAAAUUACAAAUAACGCCACCGCUACACUUGAGCACAAUCAGAUAUUCAAUAAUCGCUUUGGAGGUUUAUGCUUGGCGUCUGGCGUAUCACCGCUAGUGCGAGGCAACAAAAUCUUUAGCAAUCAAGAUGCUGUAGAGAAGGCAGUUGGCGGUGGUCAAUGUCUAUACAAGAUAUCCUCUUACACUUCCUUCCCUAUGCACGAUUUCUAUAGAUGCCAGACAUGCAACACGACGGACCGCAAUGCUAUAUGUGUCAAUUGCAUCAAAACGUGUCACUCCGGGCACGAUGUAGAAUUUAUACGCCAUGACAGAUUCUUCUGCGAUUGCGGCGCUGGCACGUUAUCAAACCAAUGCCAGCUACAAGGCGAGCCGACGCAGGACACGGACACGUUAUACGACUCGGCCGCACCCAUGGAGUCGCACACUCUCAUGGUGAAUUGA